GCAUCUUCCCGUGCAUCCCUGGGAGGGGACAGAGAUGCAGUGUCACCCAUUGAGCCAGUAGUCUUCAAAGCACAGUUCAAGAUGGUGACACGGGGCCCCAUGACCAGGCUGUGUGUAGGUCAGCAAAGGCAGUGUGCUCAGCUUAUGCUUCAGAGGGGCAAGUCAUCACAGUGCCAAAGCCAGGGAGAGAAGGGUGAUUUUUUUUUUUGACAUCCUUUGGAGUUUUGAUCUCCAUAUUUGGAAAUGUUUACCCAUUGCUCUGAUCUAUUGCAAGGGAGGGGAGGUGACUCAGGGUCUGGUGGAAGCAGGAUUUGAAUUCCUGUAGUAAGGUUUUUUUUUUUUUACCCCCCCCCUUUCUUGUUUUGGAAGCUUGUUGUGGUCAGUUUUCAGUUCUCUCUUGCUCCUGGACCUUGUUCUAAAUUUGAUCUGCUCGAGAGGGAAGCGUGUUAAUGAAGGAGCUUGCCUGGAUGCUGAGUACUUUGUAACUGGGGUGUGCCUGAAUGCAUCAGCCUUUGGAUGUGAGCAUCUUCUCUUGAAACAGUCUCGUGAUACCCAACUGCCUGCUCUCUCGGGAGAUCCCUUGGAAGAACCUGUCUGUACGUCCGUCUGGGUGCCUGAAGGGGCUGCUUUGCUUCCAGAUCUGAACCAUGUCCCACCCAUCCUGGCUGCCACCCAAGAGUACCAAUGAGCCUGUUGGUCACGUUACUGCAAGGAUGGAGACCACGCACACCUUUGGGACUCCCAGCAUCUCGGUGUCCACCCAGCAGACUCCAAAGAAGUUUGCACCUGUCGUUGCCCCCAAACCAAAGUACAACCCAUACAAGCAACCGGGAAGUGAUGGGGACUUUCUUCCUCCCCCGCCACCUCCUGUGGAUGACCUCGGGAAUAUCACAUCACCACAAGGUGCCUUUCCUCCCCCACCCCCUCUGGAUGAUGUUACUUACAAUGUACAGGUGAAUCCUGGUGGCAAGACGCUUGAAGAGAGGCGGUCCAGUUUAGAUGCAGAAAUUGACUCUCUGACCAGCAUCCUGGCCGACCUGGAGAGCAGCUCUCCAUACAAACCUCGGACCCAACAGGUCUCUGGGACCUCGAGCAGCUCCGCCGCCACCACCCCAUCCGUGUCCACCCCUGUUACUGGCCACAAGCGGAUGAUCAUCCCCAACCAGCCUCCGCUGACCGCCACCAAGAAGUCCACUGCCAAGGGCCCGGGGCAGCCGGCGCCCAUCCCGGUCACUCCUGUGGGCACCCUGAAACCGCAGCCCGUGCCGGCCUCCUACGCCACGGCCUCCACGCCCAGCCGCCCGGCCUUCAACGUCCAGGUGAGGACGGCGCAGCCCAGCCCGCACUACCAGCCGCCUGGCCCGCAGCCCACGCACUAUGGCAGCCUGGGGCCCAGCCAGCCCUACGCGGCCCCGCCGUCCCGGCAGCCCUCUGCCCCGCAGUACGGAGCGCCACAGCCCCACGGGCCCGACUACGGCUACGCUCCACCACCCGCCCGGCCUGCGGAGCCUGCCUAUGGAUAUGCACCUCCGCAGGGCCGCUACCAGGACCCCUACUACGGGGGGUACGGGGGAAGGAAUGGCUCUGAAGCGCCCUACGUGCCACAGAGCUCCUGGAAGGCUGAGCCAGCAUAUCCUGCCAGUAACGCCAUGGGCCAGGCUCCUCCUGGGCUCUACCAACCGCCAGGCAGUAAGAAGACCUAUAUCACCGACCCGGUGCUGGCCCCACAGCCACCCACUCUGCAGCAGAAGAGUGGAUAUCCAAGCUCUGGACCUGCUUCAAGCACUCCUGCCUUCAGGCCUGAGGAUGAGCUGGAACAUCUGACCAAGAAAAUGCUGUAUGACAUGGAGAAUCCUCCCUCUGAUGAAUACUUUGGCUGCUGUGCCCGCUGUGGGAAGAAUGUUGUUGGAGAAGGCACCGGUUGCACGGCCAUGGACCAGGUCUUCCAUGUGGAGUGUUUCACCUGCAUGACGUGCAAGAGCAAGCUGAGGGGACAGCCUUUCUACGCAGUGGAGAAGAAAGCCUACUGUGAACCCUGCUAUAUUAAUACACUGGAGCAAUGCAGUGUCUGCGCAAAGCCCAUCAUGGAAAGGAUCCUCCGAGCCACUGGGAAGGCCUAUCAUCCCCACUGUUUCACCUGUGUGAUGUGCCAUCGCAGCCUGGAUGGGAUCCCCUUCACUGUGGAUGCUGGCGGGAACAUCCACUGCAUCGAGGAUUUCCAUAAGAAAUUUGCCCCAAGAUGUUCUGUGUGUAAGGAGCCCAUCAUGCCGGCCCCAGGGCAAGAGGAGACUGUUCGCAUUGUUGCCUUGGAUCGUGACUUCCAUGUCCAGUGCUACCGAUGUGAGGACUGUGGUGGCCUCCUGUCUGAAGGGGACAAUCAGGGCUGUUACCCUCUGGAUGGGCACAUCCUUUGCAAGACCUGCAACUCUGCUCGGAUCCAGGCUCUGACUGCCAAGGCCAGCACUGAUCUCUGAGUAUCAACUGUGACCCUCCCCAGGAUGCCCAUCGGGGGAUAUUGCACAAGCUUUGCAUGAUUUCUUUCCAGUCUAGGGUCUGAAUCUCUAUUUAAAAAAAAAAAAAAAGAAAAGAAAAAAAAAAAAAAAAGUAAAACUGGAAGGCCUUGGAACAAGAGGGCAGCUUGAGAGGCCAUGUUCAGACUGCCUGUGACAAGCAUCUAAUUUAGACACAACUGUUCAGUAGGGCAGUGAGU